UGUUGAUAAACACUUCUCCUUCAAGUUUGGAUAUUUUUGCGCACUGCAAACGUUAUCACGGUUUAUGCCGUAUUUUUUUUCAUCUGCAUUCACGAUGAAUGAUCCCAACAGAAAGAUAGACAUCGAUAAAUCAUCGCUACUCAGCCUUAAAGCGGAAUUACUCCGCAAACAGGAGGAAGUGUCCAGGGCCAAGGCCUUCAACUCAAUCGACGAUUUUGUGCCAAAAAAGGUGCCCAAACCGGAGAAGCCACCGCCUUCGUCCCGGACGUCCACAAAGCACAAGGAUGCCCAACAGAUCGAGCUGGAAGAUUCGGCCGAACUAACCCGGUCGAAAAAGAUCCUGGAAUCGAAGGCCAAGUACUACGACCGGAUGGUUGCAUCCGGUGGGGCGCUGAAUAGCGACGAGAACUGUUUGGUGAUGUUCAAUUAUAAAAAGCAGACCGACAAACCUGCGCCGAACCCGGAGGAGAGACAGUAUAGUAGUUCGGAUGAAUCGGAAUUGUCCUCCGGGGAUGAAGAGAUGGUCAGAAAACCUAGGUCAGAUGUGGCACCCGCGGCUGGAGAUUGGGUCGAAUACACGGAUUUCCUCGGCCGUAGCCGCAAGUGCAGGAGGAAAGAUUUGGAAGAAUGCUUGCGGCGGGACAAAGACAUGGCACGAGAUGCCAAGGGGAACGUUGAUGACAAGGAGGAGGAUAAGGACGAAGAAGAGGGAGAACUGAUUGGGCCCGUUCCGUCGAUGGCUAUCACCGAGGACACGAUCGGGGAACGGUUCCGUGAGAUGCGCGAACAGUGGGCCAAACAGCAGGCGGAAAACUUGGACAAGGAUUCGGUGCAUUAUCAGGAUGUGCUGUUCGAUGAGGCCCGUCAGCACGGUGUUGGUUACUAUGCAUUUUCGACUGACCGUGAGGAACGGAACCGCCAGCAGCAGGAGCUGGACUCGAUUCGCGAUGCCACGCUAGAGGCACAAAAAGAGCGGGAAGAUUUGCGCAAAGCACGUGACAAGAUAAUUGCCGACCGGAUGAAGGCGGCCAAGGCACGGCAACGGGCUCGUCAAGGUUUGCCUCCGGAGGAGGAGAAGGAGGAGCCGAGUGCAAAGCCGGAAAAAGGAACCGCAACAAUCGGAAGCUACGGAGGAUGCACUGUACGAUACCAGUGA